AUGGCUUUAGUAAAAGGUACAAAAAUACGUCUUGAUGAUGAUAGAAGUAUUGGAAGACGAAGUGUUUAUUCAACGUAUACAAGUUGCACCAAUGCAUCCAUAAAUAGUGGAAUUACAUCAUACAAUGAUCUUGAUGAAGAAGUUCAAAUGGAAAUGGCUUCAAUUACAAAUGCUUAUACAGAAAUUAUAAAGGAAAAGAAAGGAAAUAUAAUACCAGCAAGUUAUUUUUAUCUCCAUUUAAAUUCAUUAGACAUGCUGUCAACAGAAAAUACUAUUCAUUUUCGUGCUAGUUUAACACUUUUAUUAGUCUUAUUAAGACAACUUAAUUCAACUACCAUAAUAAGAAAUUUUGAUAAAAUGAAUGGAUGUUUAAUAAGAUAUAUGGAAAAUAAUCAAGUAAUUCAAUCAAAACCUUUAUCAAGACUUGUCAUUGAUUGUUUAAUUAAAAUUUAUUCAGUUCAAUCACCAAAUUUCUGGGGUGAUCGUUCUACACAUGUUUAUAUUUCAAAAAUUUUAUCUUUUUCUGUUUUGUCUGAUGUUAAAAUGAGUAAAUGUACAGGUGUUUGUUUACAAGAUUUGAUAAGAAAUAUUUGUAGUUCCAAAAAAGCUGCAUCUGAAAAGUUGUUAACAGAAAUUUUUAGCUUUGCUUUAGCUGUAAUUGAAAAAGUAUCUGAAUCAAGGAGUCCUGAAGCAUUAAUGUCUUUAGAAAAAAUUUAUAAUGACUUAUACAAAUUUGCUCCUUCAGGAUGUGUUGCAAGUAUCGUUGGUUCACUAACAAAUAUCAUCUCAGGAGAAAAUGAAGCUGUUGAAAAAUAUGCAUUAUGGAUGUUAGAAUCAAUCUUUAUAUCAGAAUUGAAAGUUGAAGAAUUUGAAGAAAAGUCAUUAGAACAACUUGUUGCUUAUUUAACAAGCAAAUCUUUGAAUAUUAUGAGUAGAGAUUUAAGAUUAACAUUUGCUAAAACCAUUCAUAGAAUAACAAAAACUUCUGUAAAAUUGUUUCCAAAUCUUGGAAAAGGAAGUCUUAUUUGUGGAACAUUUAAGACUUUCUGGAAAAUGGGGCUUCAAAUUGAUGGAUAUACUAUUCAAUCAUUAACUGGUUAUGCUACUGAUUUAGCUCAAAUAUUUAAAGGAAACAUUAAAGAAAUUGAUAAUCUUUUGGGUGAAAUAUUUAUACCAUUACAAUCAGGACAAAUUAAUGAAUCUGAUGUUUCUGUAGCUUUCUGGAAAGCAGCUGUUAUUGGUUUCAAUAGUUAUCUUAGUCAUUCAAAAGUAUUUAUUGAUGCUUGUCAAACUAUGCUUAUUCAUGCAUCACAAGAAAAUACUGUUAUUGCUGAAAAGUCUCAGGAUCUUCUUUUUACAAGUAUUGAACAUGCUGGAUUUAAUGUUUUAGCUAAACAUUUGGAAUUAUACAUUGAUUUACAAUAUGAAGGCCAACCUCUUCAUUUAAAAAAUGCUUAUUUACUUAAAGCUUAUUGUACAUCAAAAGUUCCUGCUUCAAUUCAAUUAUUUAUUGAUUUAUUCCUUGGGCAGAUGAAAAGUAUAUAUGAUAGAGCAUCAGAAUCAUCAAAUCAACAUGCUAAAACAUAUUUUAAAUUGCUUCACCAUAUAAUUGAAUUAUUAGAACAUAUUGUUAAUAAUCCAACAGACUUUAGUACUACUUGGUCAACAGUUGUUCAAAUGAUUGUUGAAGGGUGCACUACAAUGAUUGAAAUGAAAAAAGCAUUUCUAAGAGUAUUAAAAAGUGGCAUUGGAUAUGUAAAAGCAAACAUUAAUAAUGAAGAAAUUGUUGAAGCAUUUAAAAAAACAACAGGCUUAUUUUUACCAAUUCUUCUUCAUGCCUACACAACAAAAUCAGUUAAUACUUCAACAAAUACCAUUGAAAAUUUGUCAAAAGAUUUUGUUCUUGAUAUUAUGAUGGAAUGUACAGCAUUCCUAUCUCCACGUGCUGCAAAUGGUAUUUUUAAUACAAUUGUUAAAAGAUAUGAUGAAAUUACUGAAGAUUUUACUGAGGCAAACAUUUAUAUUAACCUUCUACGUUUUAUUGUAACAUUUGGUGAUCCUAAAUUGAUUGAAGAUGUUUUUAAUUUUUGUAAAUUAGUAUACACUGGAAAAAGGGGUUGUGGUGAUAAAGUUCAUGUAAUGAGAGUUUUUGGUAAAAUUUAUGAAAAAUAUUCUGAUCCAGCUUUUAAUGAUUUUUUCAACAAUGUUGCUUGGACUCCGGAACAAUUAAUAUCAGACACUAAUUUUAUGAAUCUUGAAGAUAAACAAACAGUUUGUAGAAAUUAUAUUUUAGUCAAAAUAAUUGCUACUCAACCAGACUAUUCUUCAGUUUAUAAAAUGUUUUAUUUAUGUAGAAUUCCAUUGUUAAAAUCAUUAGCCAAAAGAAAUAACAAAAGAUUUAAAGAGAGAGCUUCUAAUGAUUUAAAGGAAAUCUUUUUAUUCUUAUCAAAAAUGGCUAAAAAUAAUAACAUUGAAUUAAAUAAAUGUAUGGAUGAUUAUAUAAGUGUCCUUCUUGAAGCAAUAAAUGAUUCAUAUCAUAUUGUAGAAGAAUAUCAGGCAAAUGAUUUAAGAGAAGGUGCAUAUAUUGAAUUGGUUAAUUUCUUAACAAAUCAUUAUCAAUACGUAUGUUCUGAACUUUGGGAAAGAUUGGUUAACUUUAUUAAUACUACAGUUGUUUUUGAAGUUGAUACAUCAAGUAUAAUAUGUUUACAAAUGAAAGUUUUAAAAUAUUUAGUUAAAUCAAUUCCAGAAACAUUAUAUAUGGAUAAUCGUGCAAAAUUAUUAGAAUUAUUACCACGUUAUACUAAAAGUAUGGAAUCCAAUACAAUUAAAGCACAUGCUAGAAUGUUGAUUUCUGAAUAUUUAAAUAUUUGUGAGGAAGAUGCUAUUCUUGAGGCAAUUAAUAAUAAAACACUAACUACAUUUGUUCAUAAUGUUGUUAAAGAUAAGAAAAGAAAACAAGGAAAAUCUAUUUGUGGUGAUGAUGAUUCUGAAGGUUCUAUUCGUAGUAAAAUGACUGUAAUGACAAAUAGAACUGCUAAAAGUAAUAGAAUGAAAGUUGAUAGUGAUGAGGAUGAUGUAGAUGAUUUGUUAUCAGUUUUUGGAGGUAAUAAUAAUACAGUAAAUUCUAAAACAGUUCGUGAAUCUGGAUAUUGUAUUCGUGAAAAUGAAAAUACUGAUAUACUUGAUUUAUUGGAUGGUGAAAAAGUUGCUGAAAAUAUUAUUGUUCCACCAAAGAAAAAACAAAAUAUAAAAAAAGUUGAGGAAGAAGAUAAUCUAAUGUUUUCUAAAGAUAAAGAGGGUAGACUUGUUAUUAAAGAUCUUGAAUUAGAAAAUAAACGUAAAAGCGGUUCAAAAAGACAGGCUGAAGAUACAGAAAUGAAAUCAGCUUCUGAUGAUGAAGAGGAGGAAGAAAAUAAUUUAACAGUAUCUAAAAAGAAAGCUAGACGUAUGAUAAAUGCAUCGAAAAGAAUGAAAUAA